AUGCAGAUGAUGGAAGGGAAGUCGGUGAAGGGAUGCGUGAGAAGAUGCUUCCAGUGGAAGACCCUAAGAAAUCGGCUACCUUGUCUCCUGUGGAUCCCAUCCUACAACUUGGCCUCGUUCGUCUCUGAUUUCGUUGCCGGUUUAACCGUCGGCAUGAUGAUCAUUCCUCAAGGCAUCGCGAUGUCUGUCAUGGCCGGUCUUCCCGUCCAGUACGGUUUGUAUUCGGCGAUGGGAUGCGGCUUCGUCUACUGCAUCUUCGGAACGGUGAAGAAUGUUAACAUCGGCCCCACUACCAUCAUGUCCCUGUUGACCUACGAAUACGCAUCGAAAGGCCGCGAUCCAUCGGCUGCACCCGAUUAUGUUACUCUUCUGUCCUUCCUUACCGGUUCCAUCAUCACCAUCCUCGCGCUCCUCCGGUUGGAAAUUUUAUUGGACUUCGUUCCCCACACCGUCAUAUCCGCAUUCGUGUCAGCCGGUGCAGUGACUAUUGCAACUUCUCAAGUCAAAGACCUUUUGGGUCUGAAGAUAAAGACUUCUGGAUUCGUCAAUACCUGGUUCGAGGUCUUCUCCAAUAUGAAAGAGUCGAAUCCCUGGGAUGUUAUUAUGGGCCUCGUUUGCAUCGCACUGCUCAUCCUCUUAAAGAACUUGACAAGAUUUGGAGGGGAGAUGGGAGGAGUGGGAAAAAGUGGUUAUGCAGUGAGGAAGACCCUUUGGUUCCUCAUGGUAGGAAGGAACGCUCUUGUCGUCAUUAUCGCUGCUUCUACUGCCUAUGCCUGCUCCACCAGAGAUCAUCAGCCGUUCACCAUCGUUGGUGACGUCGAGUCCGGUUUGCCAGGCUUUGCACUGCCCCCGUUCUCCACAACCGAUGGGGAGGAGAAGAAGGGAUUUUGGGACAUGAUCUCCGAUUUCGGAAUGGGGUUAUGGAUCGUCCCUUUGGUAGCCACACUAGAUGCUGUCGCCAUCGCCAAAGCCUUCGCACACGGGAAGAUAAUGCAGGGGGGUCAGGAGAUGUUGGCUCUGGGUCUCGUGAAUAUCUUGGGAGGCUUCCUUUCCUCCAUGCCCACUGCGAGCUCUUUCUCUCGAUCUGCCGUAAAUCGUGCUUGUGACAUCCGAUCGCCAUUCGGAUCUGUCGUCGCCAGUCAGUUCUCACUUCGCUACCUUGCUUCCCAUUCCGGUCUGGUGGUGAUUUUGGCUUUGACCGUCCUCACUCCCAGUUUUUAUUACAUCCCGAGGACGAGCCUCUCUGCUGUCAUGAUAUCGGCGGUCGUAUUCAUGGUGGAAUACGAAGAAGUCAUCAACAUGUGGAAGACAUCACGUAGGUAUCGCUUCUCAUCUUUUCCAUAUUAG